AAAAGAUUUUUAAAGUUACAAUGUUUAAAAACCGCUACAAUUCAAUGAUAAAGAGGCGAGACUCAUCACCGCUAGGUAGUGGUUCGAUUCCCGCCUGCUAGAGUUUUGUAUUUAUUAUAGAUUUUAGUAGCCACUCCUAAGUCCUAACAUGGUAUUUUCCGAAUAAUUCGAGGGGAACGGGAGUAUUGGUCACAACUAUUAAUAUAUUUGUGUUAUAAUAUAAUAAUGAUAAAUAUUAUUAAAAUUUAAUUACAUAUCUUCAUGUGACCAGCAGUCCACCAUCGAAUUUUUCACGUCGUAUGUGUCGUUGGAGUGGUGCAUAAAGUGGUGCACACUAUAUUUAUGCUGAUUAUUUGUUUCUGCAAGAUAAGGUAACUUUAAUUUGUUUAUAUGAUUUUUUAAAUUUGGCGGGCGAUUUCAGUCUCUACUUUCAUUAGCCAAACUCUAGGCAAGCGCCGCGUCUACGGGACUUGGUUUUGAGACUUAUCUAUGGGCUAUAGAAAUAUGUCACAACUCAGACAUUGAAUCGAGUUAAUGACAUUGACAAUUAUGAAUUUUGAAGUCUGUGGUCCAGUCGCUAAAAUAAAUUGAUGGGAUGUGCACGUGUUAGAGUGAUAAAUGAAAAUGGAUACUUUACAAAUCGUCAAAUUAUGCAACAAUAUUAACUAGUUUUAGUGGACAUAUAAAUUUAAUUGUAUUUUUUAUACAAAUCUUUUGAAUACGUCAUGUUCACAUAAAUAAAAUAUUUAGAUUUUUUAGUUUUAAAAGAAUAAAAAUGACUUUGUGUAAGUCAAUAGGAGGUAUUUUAAAAUAUAAUCGCAGUUUAUCACGAAAAAAAUUAAAUAACAGCUGUGAUAUAACAUCAAGGAAUUUCUCUACUCGUGAACUGUUAAAAGAAGCAUACUGUCGUACGAAAUUGAAAUGUAGAUCAAAGAAGCUGCCUCAAGAUGUCAACCCACAGGGAGUGUUUGCCUGUAAUGAACUGGAUCUUUCAGAAGUUAAAGUGUAUGGUUUUGAUUAUGAUUAUACUUUGGCACAUUACAAACCUACCUUGGAGCAUUUAUUGUAUAAUCUGGGCAGGGACAUGCUAUUGGAUAAAUAUAAGUAUCCAUCAGAAAUCGCAAAAUUGGAAUACAAACCAGAUUUUGCGGUACGUGGUUUGCACUAUGACAUUGAAAAGGGUUUGCUUCUAAAGUUGGACUCCUUCCUUCAAAUACAAUUUGGUGCUAUAUACAGAGGACUGACGCCUGUAUCAACAGAUGAAAUUCUUAAAAUAUAUAGGAAUAGAAUCAUCCCCAUUGCAUAUGUGGAAGGUGAUACAAGAGCACAUAAAGCAAACCGAGCGAAAAUGGUACACCUCGCAGAUUUGUUUUCUGUGCCGGAAAUGGGCUUACUGUGUAAUGUUGCGGAAUUCUUCAUUAAAAAUCACAUCGACUAUCACCCAGAAAUAUUGUUUUUAGAUGUUAAGAACUCAGUACAAAGUUGCCAUCCAAUAAUGCACAAGAUUGUCGCACAAAAUUUGGAGGAAUACAUAAGACCAAAUGUGGAUUUAAAAAAAUACUUUCAACUUUUGCAAGAAAACGACAAAAAGCUGUUCUUGGUCACUAACAGCCCGUUUCAUUUUGUUAACGCGGGCAUGGAAAUGUUGGUGGGCCCUGACUGGCGGGAUUUCUUCGACGUAGUGAUCGUGAACGCGAACAAGCCGAAGUUCUUCACGGAGGUGUCUCGUCCGAUCCGCGUGUUCGACAAAACCGCCAACACGCACAUUUGGGAGAAAGUCACCGCUUUGGAGAAAGGCACCAUCUACUAUGAGGGUACAGUAAAGCAGCUGCAGGACCUUACGGGCUGGAGCGGCCACCAAGUGCUGUACUUCGGCGACCAUCCCUACAGCGACCUCGCCGACGUCACACUCGAGCACGGCUGGCGAACGGGCGCCAUUAUCAACGAGCUUACGCACGAGAUAAACACUUUGAACACGCCUUCGUUUAAAGAAAACGCGAAUUGGCUUCAAAUGCUGACUCAGCUCAUUGAAGACCAUCAGGAUUACAAGGAACCAGAGGCAAUAGAAGUCAUAUCUGGAUGGAUGACAGAAAGGGACUACCUCAGAAAUGCCACAAAAGCAGUAUUCAACCCUCAGUUCGGUAGCGUUUUCCGUACAUACCACAAUCCUACGUAUUUUUCGAGGCGAUUGUUCCGCUUCGCCGAUAUCUACACUUCGAACAUUAGGAAUCUUCUCAAUUAUUCCUUAACCCACACCUUCUACCCACGACGCGGUGUUAUGCCACACGAAUAUGGCUCGUAUUUCGUUUGAAUAAGAGUUGUAGAUAAGUUAAUAACGUUUUUUUUUGUUAUAUAGUUGAUUGUUUUUAUUGUUCAAUUAUUUUGGAUUUUUUUAUUGUUAGGUAAUUUUUAGGUGCCAUUUUAUAGAAAUAUAUAUAAAUUCAGAUUUUAUAUCUUACUAGAAAUAAUAUUAGCGAAGUCAUUAUGAGUUUAUGUACAUAUGUAAUUGUAUUAUUAUUAGUUGUUUAAGCUAAUUUAUUUCACAUAUUACCUGUAAUAGUCAGGAAUCCGCAGAACAUUUUGUACAAUUGAUCGAUCGAUAAACUUAUUAUUUGCAAAAAUUCUUGAUUGUGGUAGUUAACUGAGUUACCAAGAAAUGAAAAUUUCUGAGCAUCGAAACGAGAUGUACCACGCAAUUUCAAUUAAGCUAAUUUAUUUCUUAUAUUACCUGCAAUAGUCAGAGAUCCGCAAAACAUUUUGUACAACUGAUUACUAUCAACUUAAUUUUUCGUGAGUAGCUUCAUCUCGAUGAGACAAUCAACUUUUUUAUUUAAGUACAAAAAUUCUUGAUGCUGGUAGCUAACUGAGUUACCAGUAAAUAAACCGUUUUUUUUACUGUUGCUUGAUUAAUAGUUAUACAAUUUAACAGCCACAACGUCCUACAAAAUGCGUGGUACAUUAUUUCGUUUCGUCUUACAAAACGCGAAAGCUUAGGCCAACUCAUUAUCUAUCUUAAAUUUGUAAGCGUAGUAUUUCUGGUACAUUUUCUCGAUUUAUAUCAAUGCACUCUGAGGUGUUUUUAUAUGAAAAUACAUGCAUUGUGAAACUAUUAAUUUACAAAUUUCAAAGAAGACAUUCAAACAUAAACCUUAGCAUUUAUAACAUACUAGUAACAUGUAGGGAUAGGUUCUAUACAUGCCAAUCUCAAUUGAAAGAUCUAUGUAUGUUUAAUAAUUAAAAAUGUAUAGAUAUAAAUUUUACACCACCUGUUGUUAAUGCAAUUGUCGAGAAAAGUUUUUAUAAUUUGUAUAUUUAAGAACUUAUUUGUGUGUGUGUGUGAUUAUACAAAACUUUGAUGAAAAUGUGGCAUAGAAUUAUUAAUUCGCGUAACAUGUGACUUGUUUUCAUAUAGCAGGGUCCUUGUUUUAUAAUGGAUCAAAAGCAAAACAUUACAUUUUUAAAGUAGUAAGGCAAAAUUAUAGGUCCAUGGGCCAAAGAAAUUAUACUCUUGGCGAUAAUUAAAAUCGGUCAUUUUGUGAUCUGUGGCGUUUCAACAAAAAUUUUUAAAAUCUUGUGACCAAGUUAUAGUUUUUACGGAUGGAAUUUUUCCAAAACUAUUCAAAUUAGUUUUAGAUAAUUAGGUGGUUACCAUUUGCGUUUUAUCCAUUAAUAACGAGCACCGUGUAGAGUUGGGAUCAUGGAUAAAAAAGUCUGAUUAAAACUUUUGUUCGACAUUGACUGUGAGUUGUUCCAGCCAUGCUCGACUAGCGCUAACGAAGCUUGUGUCUUGUGUGUCUAUUACUAAGAACUCUCAAAGUAUUCGUGUUCUAAGAUUCUAGUCAAGUGUAUUUCCUAAAAAAAUAAUACGUGACGUAUUGUAAAGUCCGGACGCUCAGAGAUUGCGUUUCUGACGGGUCGUGAUCGAUUGGGCAAUGUAACUGUUUGUCUUUGUAGUGAUGAUACAAAAUAAUGAGAAGCAAUUGUAAUUGAAUAUGUUUGCCCAUUUGAUGACGACUUGUCAGAAAUGCGAUUUCUGAGCGGCCGGAUUUUACCUGAUAGGAUCUUAAGGAAAUCAAGCACAGUAUUUAUAUUAUGUUCGCCAUAACUAUAUAGUCGAUAAGUCAGAUAUUUGUCGAUUUAAUUGUUAAAAUAAACGCAUUGGUAUGAUAAUUGUUUAGUUACUAAGUGUAAGUUUUUAAGAAUUAAUCGAACUGAUUUCGAAAAACCAAACCUCGUUUUAUUUUGUGCACUUCUCUAACAUAACUGACUACGGUUAAGUUUUUUUAUAUAUUAAAUAUUUUAAUUUUUAAAAUAAAUCUUAUUAAUCAUGUGGUGCAGUUUUAUCAAGUUAAAUUUCUGUAAAAAAAAGAUUUCGUGAUAUUUCUAUGAGUAGUUUUUUUUUUUAUAUUUUUAAAAACGAAAUGUACAGCUAUACCUACUUAUUAGUCAGCUCAUAAUGCCCAUUUCAAAAAAUACCCUGUAUUUAAUAAAUGUAUAAUAAUUGUAAAUAAUUAUUGCAACAUAUCCUUUAUUAACUAAGACUUAUUUAUUAAGGUAAUGCCAUGAUCUUGCCUUGGCGUUUUUUUAUAAAUACAGUGUAAACACUAUAUAACGACACUGAAGGGACUGUACAUUGUAUGGUGAUAUAGAGAGUGGUCGUUAUAUGGAGACAAGAAAAAUGUACGAGUAAAACUUUUUCGUCAAUACACAGUGAUUUCCUUUUUCUAGCCAUAUUUACUAUUUGAAAGUUUGUGAGCAACUAAGAAUAUGAUAACGUCGACUUUAACUUAUUAGUCAUGGUCAACAAUCGAGUACCUACACGUGCAAUUCGUAUUUGUAAACAAAAUAAAGAAUUUCUUAGAAAGUUUUUUUUUAUGAUGCCCACAGUCGAGUUUAUUACGGGCUAGGAUAGUAAAGCGACAGAAAAACGAAGACAGCUGCGAGGUUUUUGCUUUUUAUUAGUUAACUAGCGGACACCCGCGACUUCGUCCGCGUGGAAAUUGAUUUAAACUUUCAAACCACCACCAUUUAGACCACCACUUUAGAGUUUGAAUUAAAAAAAAAUUUCACCACUUUAGAUUUUGAAUUUAAAAAAAUUUAGAAUCCCAUUAGAUUUCGUAUGAUUAUAUUUUUUAUGAUUUAUGAAAAAAAUAUAAAAAACUAACUCUUAAAAAUGUAACUAUGUAACUUUUCAUACAAACUUUCAACUUCCUAUUUCACCCCCUUCUUAUUUUAUUUUCGCAAUAAAAAGGAUCCUAUAACCUUCUCCGUAUUAUAGUCUUAAACCAUGCCAAGUUUCUUUUGGAUUUAUUCAGUAGUUUCAGCGUGAUGCCCGAAUAACAAAAAACACAGACGGACAGACAAAAAAUCGAAAAAAAAUAUGUUUAGCUUCAGUAUCGAUUGUAUAAUGCUCCCCAACAAAAAUUUUCAUGAUAUCUUCAAUGUACAGAAUGUACAAAAUGUACAGAAUUUCUAUUAUAAGUAUAGAUUCUCAAUGGCGUCCGUUAUGCCAUGUUUGGUGUUACAAAUGGUAUAAGUAAAAAAAAUCUGAAAUUGCGAAUUAUUAUAUAGAAUUCGACCAGUUUUAUUAUAAGUAUAGAUUGUCGUUAUAGAAACUGGGUGUAAGGCUAUAUAGCAUGUAUCAUGGUAUCGAAAGUAAGCUAAAUCAAUCAAAGCCAUGUGAAGUCGACGCUUUAGCGAGUUUGUCGUUAAAUCGAGUGACGUUACAUGAAGUUUACACUGUAUUUUGUUGUAAACAUCGAUUUAAAAGUAGUUAGAGAUUAACUUUAAGAUCGUUUGAUUGUUAGAACGAUGUUUUUACACGUUUAGUAGUAAGUAUUUAUUUGCCGCCCGUUCUAUUCUAGUUAGUAUAGAUUUUAGAACCGAAUGUAUUGCGAUUAUAUAACCUCAUUUGGAAGUAUUUUUAAACUUUUAUCAUUUUAUUGAUGUUUUUAAGCCAACUUGUUGUUUAACUUUAGAUAACCUUACAUGUACUGUGCCAUCUUGCUAGACAAUAAACGAAUUUCAAAUACAUAUAA